AUGCCAAUGACCUCGCCCUCGCCCUCCUUCGCCGCCCUCGCCGCCGCGAGCGCCUCCACGACCCUCCAAGCGCAGAAAAGGGCCCUGAGGCGCGCGGUCGCGGCGCGCCUGGCGGGGGUGGAGGAGAGGAGCUUGGAGGAGCAAUCACGAGCGAUAACAGCGCGCGUCCUCGCCCUGCCCUUCCUCGCACCCUGCACAUCCAUAAGCUGCUACCUCAGCAUGCCCUCCGCCGAGGCACGUACCGGGCCUCUCGUCGAAACCCUUCUGGAAGCCGGAAAGAACCUCUACGUCCCCAAGAUCGCCUCUGCGAAGGACGGCCGGAUGGACUUUCUGCGCGUGUACGACCAGGCGGACUUGGAGGACCUCCCGAGCGGGACCUGGGGCAUUAGGGAGCCGGGCGAGAUGUGGGAUGCGCAGAAUCUGAAGAGGGGGAGGGUAUCUGGGACGAAGGGGGAGCUGGAUGUUAUACUCGUACCUGGUGUAGCCUUCGACCGUAGCCUUUCACGACUGGGGCACGGAAAAGGGUAUUAUGAUCGAUUCAUCACGUCGUACGUCGCCUCUGGUCGAAGAAAGCCUUUGCUCGGUGCGUCUUUCUUCCAUACAUCUGUGUAA